GCGUAAGCGUCGACUCAGCCGGAGUCAUGGAGGCCGAUGACGAGACACGGAGGGCGACCCAGGCGUAGGAAAACGAAGAAGAAAAAGAUUUAUUAUUCAUUUAUCGACGCGUAAAUGCAUUUGGUGUCGAGUCUGAUACGGAGGGAAAGCAGAAAGGAUUUUGAUUUUUUUAUUUUAUUUCAUUUUUUUCUGAUGGUGAUAUGAAUAUAAAAUGAGCAAGGACAGCAAGGCAGAAAGGAGUUUUCCGGAAAGACUCAAACGAUGGUUCAGGCUCGACCGCGGCAAUGUGACCGGGAGUCGAGAAAUCCGGCUGACGGAGGAGCUCAGGGCGGAACUGGGGCCCGAGUCACUCACGUCAACGCGGAUAAAGGCAAUCAAAGAACUCAGUGAGGUUCUCGCUUCGAAGAAGAUAGAAGAGAAUGGGAUAGAAAAACUAUGGCUCCUUGUACAAGAUCUUCUCUCCCUAACCAGUCCAACAGAGCAACGGCACACAACGUUGCAGAUGUUGACGACACUGACCGCAGCUCAUGACAGAAUAGGGGCUAUGCGACAUGUGUUCUACAAUUACAUCUCCGAGAAUUAUCAGCAUGAAGACACAAAGCCAAUGUUUGAUUUCUUCCGUGAGGUGAUAGCAGACGGCAAACAGUUAGAGUAUAUAGAAGAAUUUGUAGGUCCGUUCUUGUUAGAGUGGCUUCCGGGCCUGUUAGCCUCACCACAGGCUGCAGACGCUCUCAGUCUUUUGGUCAAUCUAGUCAAGUUUAAUGCUGCGUAUCUUGAUGAACCUGUCGUCACUGGCUACGUCAAGCAAGUUGUUGUUCAGUUACAUCGAGCGAACGGCGAAACGGAAGCCCUGCAGUGUUUGCGUGUCUUGGAUGCGGUCUUGGCCUACAGUUACCUUCCCUCCCCCGCUCUUCCAACCUUCAUUAUUGCUCUCACCCGGGCAGUCAACGUACCGCAGUUGACGGCCGAAACUUGGAAGAUCAUGCGCAACCUCCUGGGCACACACCUCGGGAACAGCGGCCUUUAUGUCCUGUGCCGCUUGAUACAGAGCGACGGAGAUCCGCACAUGGUCCGAGGGGCAAUUUUCUUCCUGACUUCUGCUCUUUGGGGAAAUAAUAAGGUGUCCUCGCUGAAUUACAAGCCGGCGGCCGUGUUGCCUACACUGCAGCAGGCGGGAAACAACAACCAUGUGUUGGUUGUGUAUGAGGUGGCUCUGAGUGUCCAGAAAUUGGUGUCCAAAAUGUCCCUGGAGCUUCACCUGUCCUCCUGGGAUCUCCUUUUAGACACCCUCAGCAAGCUUUUUGAACAUGCAGUGGCAUUAGAGGAAGGCCAUGAAAAGCAGACGAUCCUAACAGUACUGAAGGACACUCUGGAUGUCAUUGAACAGCUGAUUGACUUGCAACAGUUUGGAGGCUCUCUGGACAAAUUCUUCUUCCUGAUUGAUCUCUAUGCUCACCUUCGUCCGGAAUCGUCAGUCUUACGUCUUUUAGACCACCAAGCCCAAGCUAUGGACCCGCUGCGCCCACACUGGUUGGCUAAUUUAGGAACGCUUCUGCACCAGUACUAUCGACGAGACCCAAGACCAAACAUCCGAACCAAGGCGCUAGCAAUAUUGUCUGAUGUGUACAAUAAUAAUAGGUACUUGUACGGGACUGAGAUGGUUAGAAAUGUUGUUACUAUACAAAUGGAAGGCAUUGAGACAGAGCGCAAUGUAGGAGUCAGAACCGCAGCCGUCAACUUGCUGGUUCACAUAGCUAUCACUCAGAAAUCAUCUGUUGUGCCAGAUAUUCUCAACAUGCUGGAAAAGAUUGUCAUUGCCCCAUACUCAAGUGCUGGUGACUGUGUGCAAGUAGUGAGGGAGAGUGAGACUGCAGACAUUAUUGCAGCAGUAGCAGGUUUGAUAAGGAUCUUUAAGAAAAAAUUAUGGGAACUGCCAUCAUCAUAUGCCAUACAAGCCUAUAGGAUAUUGCUGUCCUGCAUAGAGCAUCACUAUCGUAAUCAGACUGUACUUGAGGGUGUGUCGAGAGUAAGGCUUCAGAUAUUUGAAAUGAUUUUCGAGAUGAGAGCCAAUUCCAAAUACCAGUUAGGAUUCCCAAGGAUCAGUGAAAAGAAUGGCCAAGAAGAGGAAGACAGUUCCACCUCUUUGCUUCCACAGUAUUCACCGUACAUAGUAGUCGAUCAUAAACACGGACAACUGCUAAAGGACGCUGAACAAGAGCACAGCGACAAGCAAUUACCAUCAGGUAUUGCAGGUGAGGGAAGUCAGGAAGAAUCCGAGGGAGUGUUGUCUGAUUCCACUCCACAUCUCACGCAGCCCAAAGUGGAGGUCACACACUUGUCACUUACACAGUCUGCCAUGACUGUUAUAGUAGCUAUGAAGAAAGAAAAGGAUUGGGAAGUCUUGCGCAUGAUUUUGGAGCGUGUGCCGCAGGUCCUGCAGAACAAGGCUCUCAUCCUGUCCCGUGAUGGCAAUGAUAUCGACUACUUUGCUGCUGCUCUCUGCGCUCUGGUUACGGAAAAGUCUCUAGGGUUGCCAGAAUCUCUACACAAUACUCCGGCAAAAUUCACCAAAUCUGAUUUCCAGAGCUUUGUCUUUCCUGUUCUGGCAACUCUGGCAUCCUACCACAUGCACUUAGAAUCCGUGAUCCAGCAGAAGGUCAUUAAAUGCCUGGAGCUCGGUGUUCUAAGUAGAUGCGCGGGACCAUUGUGUGUGAGUGCGUUGACCCUGUGUGUCCUGGAAAUGAGAGAUUCGAUGAUCAAACUUCUGCGAGAGGUCAUGAUAAACCUCUCGAAGAUAACUGCCACUGUCCAAAAUGCUCAACCAAUCUUAGAAUUUCUCUCAACUUUGCUCCACCUGCCAAAAGUGUAUGCCAGCUUUGUGUCUGACCAGUAUAUGUCAAUCUUUGCGAUUGCCAUACCGUACACAAAUCCAUUCAAGUUCAACCAUUAUAUUGUGUCACUUGCAUACCACGUCAUUGCCAUGUGGUUCCUCAAGUGCAGACUUCCCUUCAGAAGGCAUUUUGUGCCAUUUAUAUCUAAGAACUUAAACAUGAUUCUUACAAACGAAGAGGCUGCCACGCGUAGAAGAAGUGCCAGUGCCAGCGAACAGGCAAUACUCCUUGCUCGAGCUAAAAUGGCUCGGUCUCAGUCGUUCUCUCACAAACGUCUUGAAGAAAUAUAUAACAGUGAAGCUGAGCCACCUUUGAACACUGGUAGGGGAAAGGGAGACACAGACAUGAUCCAGUUUCACAAUGACUUGCGGGAGACCUGUGUUGAUUUGAUGGCACGCUACACCUUUGCAUCCUGUGCACCUCUACCCAAAAGAGGGACUGUUGCUGAAAUGCUAGUGUCAGGAGGUCAGUCUCAGACCUGGCUCAUAGGAAACAAGUUGAUCACAAUCACAACUUCUGGCUGUUCGCAGAGGCCGCUGAGACAAGGCCUGUGCGACAAGUGUUUGCAACUUUGUAACCUUGAAAAAAGAUCACCAGCACCAGAGACUUUUGCUGCCAGCACCAACCUCAAUCGUAGGAGACAUCGCUCUGAAUUCCAUAGGACAAUAUCACAUGAAGCAAAGCACAAGCCACAGAGUAAGGAUGACCUACACAUGUGGUCAGUAAAAAGAGAAAAUGGAGAUGGACUUACCCCAUUAGUUGACCAAGGCGAUGGUGUUGCCUGGUCGAGCAGCAAUAUGGGAGAGGCAGGUGACAGCGAAUCAUCGCCAGUUGAUAAGCUGGUGUUUGGCAGCAAUGUAGGAAGCAGCAGCACAGCACCCAAUGAGAACAAGCGUGUAGAGCAGCACUUGUGUGCUUGUUGGUGCCAGGGCUGGGCCGAGAUAUACAUCAGACAGCCCACAGGCAACAUGUCGUGGAUGAUGCGUGUCCAAAAUCAGCAGACGCUUGUCCCCUCGGGAGGAGAGCUGCCCUUGCAUGACCUGAGUGUACUCUUUGCCACCACACCCAACAGCCAGUCCGUGGAUUUUUCGGGAUCGUUAUUUGCUAACCGGAGAAUUGAUUCAGAAACUCUGGAAGACGAGAAGUAUGAGCAGGAGCUUCUGAGUCAGCCCUUUGAAGAAACAAGACCAAGAGCCUUCUCCGGGGCAUCGGACAGGACCCAAGAUUCCGAUCCAGGUUCCCAGAGGGAUUCAAGUGGCUGGAGCAGUGGCGCCCCCUCGCACACCUCCUCCGACCCCCGGAUAAACUCGGCCGACGCGGGUGAUGACACGAGGGGGAGUUCUCCGCUGACGAACACAAGCACCUCUGGAGAGAACCCAGACGAUCCUCGUGUUCCUGUCCAGCGAUGCCAUUCUAGUCCAGAAAUGAGUGAGGGCGCUGUUGUAGGAGGUAAUGAAGUCAUGCAACCAGCUGUGGACGAGGAGGAUCCCCAGCCAGCCGCCUCGACCCCACCCCAGGCCGUGCCGAGUGAUACUGAGCAUGUGUCUGCUGCAGCCAAGCCAGUCAAACCAAAACCUAGAUUUGAGCCAACCAUUGGAGGCGGAGGAAGUGUGGGAUCAACCUCGCCUCCUCCCAUCCCAGCGACCAGAGUGCGGCACACUUCUGCCUAUCAGACGAAGAGCGUGGGGAGCGGUGGCAGCAUCUCCCCCGGAAGUACCACGGGCGGCUCAAGCAAUCCAGACGGGGAUGCCGAUGACGGCUCUCCACGGCCCAUGCGAAGAGGCAGAGGCCAUACCAUAUCAGACAUGAACCCUGCCUCGCGCAAGUUGCACUCGCGGGCAUCGAUUGCUGCGAAGAAGAUGAGUACGAGUAAGGAAGGAAAGGGCGGCAUUUCACCGAGCUUUGUGUUCCUACAGCUGUAUUACCACGGCUGUUUAGGGGGAGGUAGUGAUCGCCCUUUGCUCGUUCCUACACAGCAGCAAGAAAUCCAGCGUGCAGUGCGUGUGCUAGACCUUAUGCGACCUCAGGAGACGCACAAAAUUGGUGUCUUGUAUGUUGGUCCAGGACAGACAACAGAACAGGAGAUAUUGAGGAACUCCUUUGGGUCGCUUAGAUAUAUGACUUUUCUACAGGGGUUGGGUUCAGUGUUAGAGUUGAGCUCCGUCUCCCAGAACGAAAUUUUCCUCGGCGGUCUCGACACCAAAGGGAAUGACGGAAAGUUGGUGUAUAUUUGGCAUGACGAUGUAAUGCAGGUUGUUUACCAUAUUGCAACACUAAUGCCAACGAAAGAGUCGGAUCCAAAUUGCACAGGAAAGAAGAAACAUAUAGGUAACAAUUAUGUCACCAUAGUUUACAACGAGAGUGGUCAGUCGUAUAAUAUCAAUACUAUUAAGGGUCAGUUCAACCACACCAUUGUUGAGGUGGUGCCAGCUGACCACUCCACCAAUAGCGUCGGCGUACUCUGUCGACCGGAACUGGCUGAUUUUGUUGGCGGAGGCGGGGACCCUCGAUUAGUGUCCGACACUAACCUUCCCAUUCUCGUGCGUCAGCUUGCUCUCCAUGCAGAUCUUGCUUCCAUGAUUUGGGAGUCGCUAAACCGUCCACCCCAUAAUCCAUACGCCAGCAAUUGGCUCGAGAGAUUAAGAAAAAUCAGGAAGAUCCGGCAGACUAUCCUAGCUUCACCCGAGGGCCAGCAGUCGGCCAACACCCUAGAUUUUACGGACAUGAUGGAGACAGACAAAGGUGAAAAAGCAAGAGUAGGAAGCUCGGCCAACUGGAACCUCUUUUUGACCUAGAGGAAAUAUUGUACUAUUGUGAACCUAUUUUUUGGAAAUAUGGCUCCUGUUACAUGCCAUGCAGAAGAGAUUCUAAUAGUAACUCAAUAUAUUUAUCUACUGAAAGGAUUUAUGGUUAUAUCUUAGCAUUAUUUUUAUUUAUUUAUUUUUUCUUUCUUUUUUUUUUUAUUAUGACAAAGAUACUUUAAGUUCUGAUAAUAUGUUACAACGUGCACAAUAGAGAGCAAAUAAUAAAAGAUGUAUGUCAUGCAUUUUACGCUCUUUACCUUUGUGUUUUGUCUUUCCUACGAGAGGUUUUCAUAUGUCACGUAUAUGAAACAAAGGAGUGCUCUCUUUCAGAUUAUCGAGAAACGAUAAAAUUCUUAAGAGGACAGUAUGACAUUAUUUGAUGGGAACAGAAUGGCAAAAUUAUAACCUAAGCAGAAGGAAAAAAUGGAAAUGUCGUCUCUUCUUUUUUCUCUCAUUUUUUUUUUUUUUUUUUUUUUUAUAUAUAUAUACUGAGUGAUUUUUUUUUCCUCCUGGAUAAAACUUUAGUGCAUGAUCUGUUGUUUUCUUGAUAUUUUAUCUAUAUAUUUAUCAAAAAAGAGCAAAAUAAAAACCAAAAAAAUUGAUGUUUUACCUUAAAAGUAAAAUGAAACUUAUUUACAGUGAUUACUCUCACAUUGAUCAUGAUUAUUUACUAUGAAGAUUAUGUGUAUGUGUGAUAUUAAUGAAUACUUAUUAUUAAAACCAGAAUGAGCAUAUUCUUUAUGCAAUUAAUUCCAUAUACCAGUGUCAUUGACUGUCUUCAGUUGUUUAUAUUGUUUUGUGUAAUAAAAAAUACUUAACA